AUGUUAGGCGACAGUCACCACGCUGAUCCCUUUGCUCAAACUGAUCCGUUUGCUGCAGCUGCCGCAACAGGCACUUUCGCUGUUCAAUUUCCUCAAGAUCCUUUCGCUGGAGCCGCUAGUAUGGGAGCGUCACCCGAAACUGCAACAUCAGGAAAAGCUCCACCACCACGUCCCGCACCGCCGAAAUCUAGCGCACGGCAAACACCCAAUGGCGAUCCGUUUGCUAACACAGAUCCGUUUGCUGCUGAAUCGACAAACGUACCCGGUGGAUUUGCUGACUUCUCUAGCUUUGGUGCUUUCUCGUAAAU